UUAUUAUUUUUUUUUACUGUCUUACAGCAACAAAAGAACCUGGAAGGAUAUGUUGGCUUUGCAAGCCUCCCAAACCAAGUGUACAGGAAGUCUGUCAAGAGGGGCUUUGAGUUCACCCUGAUGGUCGUGGGCGAGUCAGGUCUGGGGAAAUCCACGUUGAUCAACUCUCUGUUCCUAACAGACCUGUAUUCUGCAGAGUAUCCUGGACCUUCACAUAGAAUCAAAAAGACUGUACAGGUGGAGCAGUCAAAAGUUUUAAUAAAAGAAGGUGGAGUCCAGCUGCUGCUCACAAUAGUUGACACCCCGGGGUUUGGAGAUGCUGUUGACAACAGCAACUGCUGGCAGCCAAUCAUCGAUCACAUAGACAGCAAGUUCGAAGACUACCUGAACUCAGAAUCUCGGGUGAAUAGACGGCAGAUGCCUGACAGCCGAAUCCACUGCUGCCUGUACUUCAUUGCCCCCUCGGGACAUGGACUGAAACCCCUGGAUAUCGAGUUCAUGAAACGGUUGCAUGAGAAAGUAAAUGUCAUCCCACUGAUCGCCAAAGCAGACACUCUCACCCCAGAGGAAUGCCAACAGUUCAAGAAGCAGAUCAUGAGGGAAAUCCAAGAGCACAAAAUCAAGAUUUACGAGUUUCCUGAGACAGAUGAUGAAGAAGAGAACAGACUGGUGAAGAAGAUAAAGGACAAGUUGCCGCUGGCUGUAGUAGGAAGCAACACCAUUAUUGAGGUGAAUGGCAAAAGGGUCAGAGGGAGACAAUACCCCUGGGGGGUUGCAGAAGUUGAAAACAGUGACCACUGUGACUUCACCAUCCUUAGGGACAUGCUCAUCAGAACACACAUGCAGGACCUGAAGGAUGUGACAAACAACGUCCAUUAUGAAAACUACCGCAGCAGAAAGCUGGCUGCUGUCACCUACAAUGGAGUGGACAACAACAGGGCUAAAGGACAACUGUCCACCAAACUUGACACAGUUGAAGGAAUGAGUCCCCUGGCCCAGAUGGAGGAGGAGAGGCGAGAGCAUGUGGCGAAGAUGAAGAAGAUGGAGAUGGAGAUGGAGCAGGUGUUUGAGAUGAAAGUCAAGGAGAAAGUGCAGAAGCUCAAAGACUCUGAAGCAGAGCUUCAGCGGCGUCAUGAGCAGAUGAAGAAGAACCUGGAGGCUCAGCACAAGGAGUUAGAGGAGAAGAGACGUGUGUUUGAGGAGGAGAGAGCCAACUGGGAGGCCCAGCAACGCCUGGAGCAGCAGAAACUGGAGGCCUCCAGGACUCUGGAGAAAAACAAAAAGAAAGGCAAGAUCUUUUAAGGACAGUCAGCAGGACCACCCCAACUCGAGUUAUUUUUGUUUGCCAACGUUGCCGGUCAGGACACCAGUGUGUGGCACUGACAUCACCCCACCUCCUCCUCCUCCUCUUCUCCUUCCUCCUCCUCCUCUUCCUCUGUUCCUGCUCUGUCUGCCAGCACAGCUGUGCUCCUGCUUCCAGCCACGAGACUGUGUACUGGAGGCAUUUGUGGGUGUGUGAGGGGGCAGCUGCAUGUACGGCCAGAACCGCCACCGCAGAGCCCCCUCGCUGCCUCAGGACUCAUCAUCAUCAAGGAAUGUGUUUACCUUAACGACAGGAAGAAUAACCCCAUUUUAGUGAGGCCAAACCCCAUAUUAUUUUAAUUAUUAUUAUUAUUGAUGGUAUUAUUGUUAUUGUUGUUGUUAUCCAGAAUACUGUCCCCACCCCCCUCCUACUGCUCUCUUUUUUUUUUUCUCUCCUCCCAAGGUUGCUUUUAUGACUGGUGUGUACAGAUUGGUGUGGAGAGCAAAGACAAGAAAAUCCCCAUGACUCAUGUCUGACUGUUGUACAAUCAAUAUCUGGUGAAUUUUAUUUGUUUACAGGAGAAGUGAAAGUAACAGUAUAUGAACAUUAACCUGAUCUUCCAUCUUGUGUUAAAGUAAGAAGAGGACGAGGCACUAACUGAUCCUGUUUUUGUUUUGAGUGUACUUGAUAAUUCAGUGCAACAGGCUAGACUGAAACGGUGUCAACUCAAAAACCUGACAUCAACAAGAACAAGAAAAUGCACCUUGGGCCUUUUUAUAGAUUCAAAAUAAAUGGCUUAAGCUUCUUUUUUCUCAAAUGUAACGCUUUUUCUCCUCUGUGUUUAGCUAUUUCCACUAGCCUUGGACCACCAUUUAUAAUGUCAUAAGUGUUAUAUUUCACUUUAGUUUAUUUUUAUAUAUACCGAGCCAGCUGAAGUAAUAACUUCUUUUGUAUGUUUAGGAAAUCCUCAGAGACUUGACAGCAGCAUCCACUGUUUAAGAAAAACACUUCCACAUACAACAGUGGUUCUGGGACGCAUUAAAAAAAAAACAUUUAAAAAAAAAUUCAGUCACUCUGCGGAAACGAUCAGUGGGAAAUGAAGAGUCAACACCACAUUUUGCUUUGGCUAUGUACUCCAUCUAUGUAUUUUUAAUUUUAUUUUUCAUUUGUAAUGUACAAAGUCACUUAAUAAACCUGUGAUGAUA